UAGCCGUGGGUGCUGAGAGGGGAAGUCCAGCAACAGAUGGAUUUAAGAGGGAUUACAUGAAUCAGGGUGGCUUUGGGACAUCAAUUCCUGAGAAAGACAGUCGAGUGGCGUGGAGACAAGACAAGAAGUCUUUAUUGUUGGCCUGCGGUGGUCGUGGUGUGGCGUGCGGCUGGAGACGUUGGAAAGAUGAGCGAGAAGUGGAAAGCAGGAGGAUUGCAAGCGUAGUUACCUCCUGCCCGACCUCAACAACCUCCUGCAAGGCACAGGAAUCCGUCCUCGAGUCCAUAAUGAUGCCCGGGCCGGCUGGUCUUAACCAGGAAGUGGAGAGAAAGUCCAGUUGCGUGAAAUAGGUGGGGGAGAGGAGUGUGAAGCCAUCAGACUACUUCCUGUCUCCGGCGUCCGGCAAUGUGGACACUUUGAAGCCGCUCCUCACCUCCAGACCCGCCUCCUCCCCGCAGGAAGCAUCUGUUCUUCCAUCCCUCCUUUCCCCACACCCCCCACCUCCCUCCCUCAGUGCCUCAGUGUGCGCCGCCUUUCGGCGCGCACCGUCUCUCCCGCACGCCCUCGGCCAUGCCGGAGCGCCUGUCGCGACGCUCUCGGUCCCUGCUCUCCCUGACCUUGACCUCCAUGGCCCUGGCGCUGUCCAUCCUGGCGCUGUGCACCUCCUACUGGUGCGAGGGCACCCACAAGGUGGUCAAGCCCCUCUGCCUGUCGCCAGUCAAGAUGAAAAACUGUGGACAGAACAACAGCGAGCCUUACACCACAGAGAGCCCGACCCAAAACCCUUUCAAUCGCACGCUGUCUCCAGCCAGACGAGAGGAGCUGGCCAAAAUCCGGCAGAGGCAGCUGGCCAACGCCGUCCACUAUAUCUGGGAGACGGGCGAGGACAAGUUUGCUUUCAGAUACUUCCACACCGGCUUUUGGGAAAGCUGUGAGAAGCACAGUGAUGGGGAGAAAUGCAGGAGCUUUAUAGAGUUAACUCCAGGGGAGACGCAGGGCGUGCUUUGGCUGUCGGUCGUUUCCGAGUUCACGUACAUCGGCCUGCUGGGCAUGGGCUUCUUGCUCAUGUGGCUGGAUGUGUUGUGCUCGCAUAAAGAAAUGCACUCGCUAAAAAUCAGUGCCUACGCAGCCAUGUGUACUGUCCUUUCAGGUCUCCUGGGCAUGGUGGCCCACAUGAUGUACACCACCGUCUUCCAGAUGACGGUCAUUGUGGGCCCCAAAGAUUGGAGGCCUCAGUCUUGGGACUAUGGCUGGUCUUUUGCUCUGGCCUGGGUGUCCUUCAGCUGCUGCAUGGGUGCCGCCGUGGUGACGCUCAACUCCUACACCAAGACCAUCAUCGAACUGCGCCGCAAACAGAGACUGCGCCUGGAGGAGGCCAGGGCCGCCACUCACGCCCCCUGCUACGAAGAGGUGGUCUCGGGAGGGGGCGCCGGCGGCUUCUAUUCCGUCAGCGGCCUGCUGCAUUGUCCCGACGGCAUGAUGGACGUGGCGUGGGCCCCCAACGGCAGCGUCGUCGGGAUGGGGAACCGUGACGUGCCCACUUUGGUUUUAGUGGGAGGCUGUGGGCCCGAGGGCUGCGAAGACUGCGAGAGAGAGAUGGACGAGAUGGACGAGAUGGAGGUGGCCGUGGACAGGGUAGACUCCCCCUGCUGACCAAAAACACUGAAGAUGGGGAGUCGCCGACAAGGUGCGGGAGACGUUAGCUUUGGUUGCAAUAUUUCUGUAUGCAAUUCAUACAUAUCAGAUCUCACCACAGCUUCAGUGCAGCACAUGCAUGAAUGCUAUUUGUGGCUUUUCAUCCACGCAAACACAACACAUUUGCAAAAAACUGAUUUGCAAGCAAAUAAGAGUUUUACAAGCAAAAAAAGCGUUUUGCAACAAAAAAACUAUUUACAAGCAAAAAACUGGUUUGCAAGCAAAAAAAAAAGAUUUGCAAGCAAAAAACGAUUUGAAAGCAAAAAUAAUGGCUUUGCAACCAAAAAAAGAUUUUCAAGCAAAAAAAAAACGUUUUGCAACAAAAAUGUACGACCAAAAAACUGGUUUGCAAGCAAGAAAAUGACAAUUUCCAACCAAAAAUAAUGGAUUUGCAACCAAAAAUUAUUUGCAAGCAAAAAACGAUUUGCAACCAUACUAUCUAUCUACGUAUAUAUCUUUUGCUUGCAAAUAAUUUUUUGCCCGAAAAAAAAAUGUGCGAGCAAAAAAAGAUUUGUAAGCAAAAAAAAUGGUUUGCAUGCAAAAAAAAAACAAUUUCCAACCAAAAAUAAUGGAUUUGCAACCAAAAAUGAUUCGCAAGCAAAUAAAUGGUUUGUAAGCAAAAAAAAAAAAAAGAUUUGCAAGCAAAAAAUGAUUUGCAACCAUACUAUUUAUCUUAUCUUUUGCUUGCAAAUCAUUUUUUGCCAGAAAAAAAAAUGCAAGCAACAAAAUGAUUUGCAAGCAAAAGAUAAGACAAAUAGUAUGGUAAAGCAAAAAAAAAAAAACAUUUGGAAACAAAAAUUAUGGAUUUGCAAGCAAAAAAGAGGUUUUAUUUGCAAAUCUGUAAAUUUUGUUUGCAACUCCAUUUUUUUUCGUUUUGUUUGAUUGGAUAAAAAGACCCAAGUUUAUUCUCUCCAUGGAACACAGUACAGGAUGUACUCCGGGUAUUUGUCAGUGCCUCGUUAUAGGAAGGCUAACAUGUACACCUGCUUCAUCCAAUGCAAGACAUACAUUCUGCCUUUUCAAAGAUAAUUCCUGUCAGAGAGGUAUUCAUGCAGCAUUAUGUUGAAACUGCCAUGUUUAUUUUUAUGCUGCGCAUUUCCUCACAUUUUGGAGGGCCUUAACAUGCGUGAAAACGGGUGAAACGUGAUAUUUCAGCGGUUCCUAACACAACCCCCAAAAUCACUCAGUAGUGCCCCUCAGGGAUUCAGAAAACGUUAGCCCCUGCCACCAGUUUCACAAUUCGUCACGGAAUUUGGUGGAGAAAAAGUCCAUUUUUGAAAACAGAAAGGCAGACGUUUUGGCUUGGACGCAAAACCAGGGGUUGUACUUUGGAUUUGGGGCCGAGCCUUUGAAGACUCGCUAAGCAACACCAAAGCCUGAAUAGCUUGGCUCCACAAGGUCGGACUUGUGUCAUAAUUGCCAUGUAUGAUGAGGAGAUCCGAAUGUGCCACCUAGUGGCCGUCAGACCAGCGUCCAGGUACGGCCAUCCUCUUGCGCGAGCAAUGAGUUGCGCCAAAGAUGCUUGCAGUUUUACCAACAAGUAGUCUAGUUAUUAUUAGUGUUGUUGUUGUUGUUGUUGUCGUUGUCGUUUGUUAAAAGCUGCUUUUCACAUUUUUAGUUGCAUGAGAGGAGCAAAAUACUAGAAAGAACUCUCAGCACGAGGAACAGUCGCAUUCAGUUCCAAUAAUAAGCGUAUUGGUCAAUCAAUACCUCUCUGACAAAGUCGAUGACUUGUAAUGAUGGGUGAGUUUGCCACGUGGGCUGACUUGUCUUGUUGAUACCCAACACACUGUCCUUUUUACAGUAAAUACACAACACGCUGUAAUCUUGGGUCCUUUUCCUGAUCAUUCUUUUGGAAAGCUGGCUAUGAUCCUGUCUGCACUUUGGAGCAGAUGCUCCAACAAGGGCACAGACACGCCCGUGCAACAGAUAGAAAGAUUAUAGAUUUUCAAAAGUCUGCUCUCUUGAUGUUGAACAGAAGAUUAUGUGUAAAGCAGUAAUCCACAGUUUGGACCGAGAGACCAGUGAGGAGCGACUGGCGGCUUGUGAGGAGGCACGCCGCGGGGAUGGGGGGGGGGUGGAGGGAGCAGAGGUUGCAGUGGGUCAGGAUGAAAGUUGGAAAGAGGUACUGGCACACACACACACACACAUGCGGGUGCAACACACUUUCAAGGUAAUCAUCAUAUGCACCAUAUGGACACUACUUCCUGUACAAACAUCAGUUGAAAGUGAAAUCAUCAUCAUCAUCAUCAAAUUCAUCCUACACAUUUGGGAUAAUCCUGGAUUUACAGUGUGGGAUAAAUACAAUUGAAAAGCUGAAUCAAGUUUAUCAGGCACCACACGGCCGUCAAGCAGUGCAUUUUUAUUUCUUUUCAAGUCAGUGUAGCUUUCAAAUAUUGUCUCUUUUUCAUUAUUAUUGUUUUAAUUGGACAAGUGGAUUUUUGGGUUUUUUUUAGAUGUGCAAAUAAGCAUGCAAAUAAGUACAGAGUGAGGACACGAACGCGGACAGUUCCAUCACCCUGGCUGAGGUGUCUGGGGCACUCAAAACACUCUCCAAUGGCAAAGAUCUGGGAGGGGGGGACGAGUUUUGCCCUGAGUUCCUCAAGGCUCUGGAUGUUGAGGGACUGUCACGUCAACAUUGCAUGGAAGUCUGGAACAGUACCUCUGGAUUGGCAGACCGGGGUGGUGGUCCCCCUUUUCAAGAAGGGUGACCGGAGGGUGUGUUCCAACUACAGGGGGGUCACACUCCUCAGCCUCCCUGGGAAAGUCUAUUCCAGGGUGCUGGAGAGAAGGGUACGACCGUUAAUCGAACCUCGAUUACAGGAGGUGCAAUGUGGUUUUCGUCCUGGUCCCUGAACACUGGACCAGCUCUACACCCUUGCAAGGGUACUGGAGGGUACUUGGGGUACAAACCGGUCUACAUGUGCUUUGUGGACUUGGAAAAGGCAUUGGACCGUGUCCCUCUUGGUGUCCUGUGGGGGGUGCUCCGGGAGUACGGGAUUGGUGGUGCUACUACGUGCCAUUCAGUCCUUGUACAACCGGAGCAGGAGCCUGGUUGGCAUUGCCAGCAGUAAGUCCAGCCUGUUUCUGGUGAACGUUGGCCUCCGCCAAGGCUGCCCUUUGUCACCCAUUCUGUUCAUCAUUUUCAUGGACAGAAUUUCUAGGCGCAGCCAAGGUGUCGAGGGAGUCCAGUUUGGGGUCUUAGGAUCUCAUCUCUGCUAUUUGCAGACGAUGUGGUCCUGAUGGCAUCAACGGGCUGUGACCUGCAGCCUUUACUGGGACGGUUUGCAUCGGAGUGUGAAGCUUCUGGGAUUGAGACUCAGCACCUCCAAAUCUGAGGCCAUGGUUCUCAGACGGAAAAGGGUGGAUUGCUCCCUCCAGGUUGGGAAUGAGGUCUUGGCCCAGGUGGAGGAGUUCAAGUAUCUCGGGGUCUUGUUCACGAGUGAGGGAAGGUUGGAGCGUGAGGCCGAUCUAUGAGCUUUAGGUCGUGACCCAAAGAAUGAUAUCGUGUACAAAAUGAGCCGCUGCUCCUUCACAUGGAGAGGAGUAAGUGUGUGAGGCAUAUUUAGGGAUUCAACUUGUCAAGAGUGAACUGACUCUCAUAACUUUUAUUGCAAAUGCUUGAAAUCGGAGAAUGUCAAGCUAGCAGGAGGGUUUGCAGCGGGAGGAGUGAGCCAUGUGUUAAAAAUAGACAUUUUUAAAGGGCAUCUUAAUUUAAUAACACCACGUAUUACAGUCUUUUGCUACUUUUCAUUUUCACUUGUCACUUCCAGCAAAAGACGCCCAUUCAACAAAUACAAUUCACUUCCAGGGUGGGAAUAAUUGAAGCUUUAACUGUGUAUACAUACACACAUAUACACACAUAUACACACAUAUACACACAUAUAUAUAUAUAUUAGGGGUGCACGAUAUGAAGGAAUUAUGACAUCAUACUGAUGAAUCCAAUACCAUUAAAAAUUGUUUCGAUAACAUAAAAAAAAACGCUCCAAUGAGGUGACAUUACCCAUAAUGUGCGGGUGAGCAAAUCAAGCGCUCCUUUUCCUCCUGCCUGUGACGUGAACGGCCUGUCGUAACUUCCCCUGAGCUCUCUUGUAAACAAACAUUCUCUUUAUGAGGAAGGACGUUGUGCUGCGAUGAGGGGAAAAGCAAAACCCCAUCGAGCACACAAAUACCUCAUCAGCCACCUGAAACGCCAGCGCCGUAGCGUUUGAACGUGCAAAAGGUUUGCCAGUUUGCUAUCGGUUAUCGAUACCAUAUUGGCCUUGAGAAGCAGAAAGUUAUUGGUAUGGGUUUGUAAAAAAGAUAUCGUGCGCCGCUAAUCUAUAUAUUAUUCACAAGUGUUGAAAAGAAAAUGGUAAGUCUGUGGCAAGCAAGAGUAUUUCCACAAAAGCAUUGUGAAAGAGGUGAUUGGUGGACAGUAAGAGUGAAUGCUUUUAUUGCUUGAGUGGUCCAUAGUGGAUGAGUCGCAUCGCGUUUUCAUUCUCGAUGACUCCCUUGAUGAACUCGCCUUCAGCCAGUCUCUCUGCGAGAUGAGAAGAAGAGAAGACAAGCAUGACAAAGAGACCUUUUAUCCGCUCUUAUCCGCCACGCGUGCCAAGCAAAGGAGUCAGCCGGGGUUUCCCGACGAGCGCUUGCAUGACACAGCCAGAGAUGCGCUUUGGCUACGUGACCGCAGGUGGAUUUAUUUUGCUACUUUUCUUGAGGUUUGUCAAAUCUAAUCCGGCCGGGAGGUUGUGGGAACAGCUGCUGAGGAAAGGGAGCUCACGCACGCUCUGUCCGAGCCAAGCCGGCGCUUGUGUGCUUACCGUUGUCUUUCUUCUCAAAGUAGGACCACAGCUUGUUGGCUCGUUUCUCUGGGGUGUUCUCGUCCUGUGGUAGUCUGCUCUGCUCCUCCUUGGGGAUCAGCUUGAAGAUGGCCUAAGCGGGGAAAAAAACAUGAAACGUUGAGGGCCAAGUAGCAUCCUCACUUACGACAGAAGAACCAAGCUAAAGUCCAAUGCCUGCCCCUCAAGUUGGUCAACUCCAACUUCAACCAGUAUUUUCUGGAGGAAGACUUUGGGGGUCCAACAUGUGCAGAAUCCACGACCCCUCUAGCACUCAUUAGCAUUCAGUCAUCUUUAUCCUCGGUGAUGGUCAAUACAGUCGAGCAGCUGGGACCAAAACGAGCAAUAUUUUUAUCAUGUUCAUUUUCACUUCCAUGGUGAUGGCUUUCCUUUUCCAAGGCACAUUGCCGCUUGGGAGACAUCAUGAAUAAUCCCCCACAUAGCGCGUCCUCCUCCACCGCAUAGUGUGUAUUUUUCCACCACGAGGAAAUGCGUCACGUAGUGUGAAUUCCUCCACCGCCUGGUGCAUAUUCUUCCACCAGCAAGUCUCGUGUUUAUGGAACAAAAUGUAACGUUAGAACGUUAUCGACCAAGGACCACAGGGGUUGCUUUGAGCUUGUUUCAAACAUUUAAAAUGCCAAAAUGGCCACUGAAGUCUUUGAUUUUGUCCACAUGCGGCCUGGGAGAAAGUCUGGAUCACCCCUGCAGUGAACCUCUGAAGCCAAGCGCUCCACACCCCCCCUAUUGGAUGAAGUAUAAUUUACGUUAAAUACACUGUUGCAACCACAAUAACAAGAAUAUGAUAAAGAUAAAAAUGUCACACAACAACACCGCUAAAGUAGAAUGUCACUCAAGUGGUCCAAUUCCAUACGACAAUUGUUGUGAAAAAUACGUUACUAACGUCGCACAAAAUUGUAUACCACGACCGUGAACAUAAGAUGACCCCUCCCUUUCAGACAACAUUUAGAGAAGACAAAAUGCUUUCAGUAUCAGUCAAAUAACAACUGAUAGAACGCAAUAAAGACAGAAUAUAUUUCUUAGCACACUUCAUUGAUCCGCAUUACCUUCACAUUAGCAUCAUAACUCCUCCCUUUUGCUUGCUAACCUGCUAACAACCUUUGAAACACUUCUCGCCCCCAGCGGGUCUCUGUGUUGUGGCUGACGUACCGGUUAGCAUGAGUGACAGGAAGAAAAGCGCCAACUUGCUCGGGGUAAAAUACUGGUGAGCGUGAGUGACUGGAAAAAAUGCUCUGACUCACUUGGGAAGACGUACCGGUAAGCGUGUUUGACGGGAAGAAAAGCUGUGACUUGCUUGGGCAGAUGUACUGGCCAGCAUGGGUGACAGGAACAAAGGCUCUGACUCGAUUGGGGAGAAGUAAUGGUGACCGUGAAUGACGGGCAAAACAAGUGCCGACUUGCUUGGGGAGACGUACCGUGAGCAUGAGAGAUAGGAAGAAAAGCUACGACUCGCUCGGGGAGACGUACUGUUAGCAUGAGUGAUGGAAAGAAAUGCUCCGACUCGCUUGGGGAGACGUACCGGUAAGCGUGAGUGAGGGGAAGAAAUGCUGCGACUUGCUUGGGGAGACCUACUGGCCAGCGUGAGAGAGAAGUAGGGGCUUCAACCCGCCUGGAGAGAAGUAAUGGUGAGCGUGAGUCAUAGGAAAAAAGCGCCAACUCACUUGGGGAGAUGAUCCGGUGAGUGUGAGUGACGGGAAGAAAAGCGCCCACUCGCCCGGGAGACGUACUGGUAAGCAUGAGUGACAGCAAGAACAGCUGCGACUUGUUUGGGGGAGACUUGCUGGUGAAUGUGAGUGACGGAAAGAAAAACUCUGACUCGCUUUGGCAGAUGUACCGGUCAGCGGGAGUGACAGGAAGAAAGGCUCCGACUCUCUCGGGGAGAAGUAAUGGUGGCUGUGAGUGAUGAGGAAAAAAAGCGUCAACCCGCUUGGGGAGAUGUGGCGGUGAGUGUACUGUAAGUGACAGGAAGAAAAGCUCAGACUUGCUCGAGGAGACAUACCGUUAGCGUGAGUGACAGCAAGAAAAGCUGUGAGUUGAGGGCAAGAAAUGCUCGUCAUAAGAGGGUAAUCACUGAUAAAUACGUGAUCAUGAAGGUAAAAUGUACCGCGUUUUUUUACAUGUUCAUGUCUUUAUACUUCAGUGAUUAUUGUGGAGAUUUUGCACUUUGUUCAGCGGUCCUUGAACGCACCGUAGUUGCUGUGAGAUGCAAAAGCAAAACUUGGAUCCGUGAGCACAGUCGUCCCUCGCCAUUUUGCGGCUUCACUCGAUCACCGUCUUCCGCAGUAAAUGAAUGAAUAAAUGAUGGCUGUUUAGCGGUUGACUACCACCUAUUAUUAGUCUCAGCAUAUUUGACAUAUUACGGGCCUAAACUAAGCAUUUUCAAGCAUAAAAAUGGCCAAACUAACAAAAAUGCAAAUAUAAGACAUUCAGAAGAUGCAUGCAACAAGCUAAUAUGUAGUAUUGUACACCGGCCACUAGGUGUCACUAAUGUUACGUUAAUGAAACAAUAGCCACCACAGGAAGUACUGGUCAGAAAAAAACCAAGGAACUCUCCCAUUGCUAACAUGUUAUGUCUUAUUAUUCUUAUAUCUUCUUAUGUCUACUCUAUUGGGUAAUAGGAGUGUAAGGGGUGUUAUUGCAUGUCUGGAGGCCUCUAAUAAUGUUAAAAAGCGUACUCAACACUUAGAAUGCGACACAAAUUACUUUUAAAAUGAUGCCCCUGCAUAUGAGAGAAUAUUUGAGAUGUUUUUUUUUCUUAAUAUUAACAACUGGUUCACUUAUUUCUUACACUUGAUAGAUAAUAAUGUAAAUAAUAAUAAUAAUGUUGUCAAUGUUGUUGGACAAAGGGAUUGAUUAUUAUUUGCUAAUUAUAUGCUAAUUGUAUUUCAAGUGUAUUUAACCCAUGAGAGUUUAAAAAUCAUUUUUAAAAAGCAAGACAAAGUGCAAUGGAGGCGCAGACAUCUAACAUGUCCUCCACACAAGCAACGCAGCCCAGCAUCCCGUAGCCGUGUGAUACGCCGCUAAGUGUGUGUCCCACUUUACAGAGGAAGCGCUCAUCUCCCACAUUUAAGACACCUAGAUUAACAUGGAUUACAGCCAAGACUCAGGCCGGCCGCCAAACACCCAGAUCUCUUUGCCUCCAUCUUGUAAACGGUGUCGUCUGUGUGGGUCAGAUUGGGAGCUCAUUGGUUAGGUUUAUUAUUAUUAAUUCUGAUUGUUGUAUCAGUGCCGCCACUUUCUAACUCCCUCUUGUGGCCUUUACCAGCUCUCCAGCAACACAUGAGAUCAUAAAUCAUGCUGUUUCCUGCUGGAAUAUGGCCUAUUUGUCCAAAAAUAUGCACAUUUAAGCAACUUUUACAGAUAUUUUGCCUUCGUGUUUGCACUUUCAAGCAUGAAAAUGAUUAAAUCAACUAAAAUACAAAUAUAAGGCAUUCAGAAGAUGCGUUGAAAUACGUUCCUGUAUGGUAUGUAGUAUUCUACACUGGUCACUAGGUGUCAGUAAUGUUACAUUAAUGAAACAAUAGCCACCGCAGGAAGUGCUGCACAGCAACUGGAAGUAAAAAACAUCCAUUUCCAUUUUCUAUACCGCUUCUUCCUCAUUAGGGUCGCGGGGGCAUGCUGGAGCCUAUCCCAGCUGACUUCGGGCGACAGGCGGGGUACACCCUGGACUGGUCACCAGCCAAUCGCACAACAACAUGAAACUCUCCCAAUGCUAGCAUGUUUGAGUCUAUAUUAUGUCUUAUGUUCUCUUAUUAUGUCUAGUAUAUUGGGUAAUAGGAGUUUAAAGGAGUGUUAUUUCAUGUCUAGAUGGCUGUAAUAGUGUUAAAAAGUGCAUUGAGAGGGCCAUAAAUGGGUUUUCUAUUACUUACAGUAUGUCUAUUUUUCUCUUAUUAUGUCUACUAUAUUGGGUAAUAGGAGUGUAAAGGUGACUAUAGGGGUGUUAUUUCAUGUCUAGAGGACUCUGGUAAUGUUACUAAGCGUAUUUAUAAGGUUGUAUGCUCUAACUAUGAAAAUAUUCCAUUUAUAAAUAAUUAGUGUUAUUUUGCUGUCGGAUCUGGAACUAAUUAACUGCCAUAAAUGAGGGAUUACUGUAUUUAUUAUUACUCUUUACUUUCCCAAAAAAGUACUUGAAUUAGCAACAGGAUUACCCCUUCAUAAAUGUAAUUAGCGACCACGGCAUGAAAAAACUAUUCUACAUGCAAACUUAACAGGUUGCCCCAAACAACUUUGCAAGUGAGUCAGAGCUUUUCUUCCAGUCACACACGCCAGUGUUUAGGCGACACAGACACCUGCUGGGGAAAAAAUGCACGGAAAAGCCCGUAAACAACAGCGGAGGAGUUAUGAAGCUAAUUUUAAGUUAAAACCAGGCGUUAUUUCACUGAUACUCAAAACAACAUUUUGACUUCAAAACAUUUUUCCCAAAGACGGGUCUUGACAAAGAGCGUCCGUCUUAUAUUCAGGGUUGUCUUCUAUCUGGCAUUAUUGCUGGGCCUUGGUAAAACGUUCAUGUUUUAUGCUUUAGCGCAGGGGCGUCAAACUCGCUUUCACCGUGGGCCACAUCGCAGUUAUGGUUAUCCUCAGAAGGCCACUUUUUGUAAUUCUAUUUUAGAAAUUUGUUAAUAAUCAAUUAUUACGAACAUUUUUUAUUAACAACUAAUUUAAAAAAGUCAUUUUAAAUUGUAUUUGACAACAAAAAAAUAAGGUUUUCUGUCAAUA